UUACAUUCCGAUGUCCGGGUAACAACAGACUAUAUUUCAUCAGCAAUGUUUAUUCCAAGAUUUGCAGAUCAUUGUUAUUUAAUGUGUUACCAAAAUUUAAGCUAAAAUUGUGAUAAGCGUAAAUUGGAUAAAUAUAAAUCUUUCACAAGUAGCAUGGCCCAUACACACUUUUUUCGUUAUCUUUAUAAUCUAUCUGAGAUAAUAUUGAGAUUCAAGUCGUAGAUGUAAAGAUAUUAAUUCGAUGAGUUCAGUACUUGUGUGACAAUGGUGCAAGCAAAAAGUUCAUCCAAUGUAUCAUUGGAAGAUGCAUUGGAAAGAACUGGAUUCGGUAAAUUCAAUUGGAUCCUGAUUAUUUUAUCGGGUGCGAUACUGUCCGCUGUUUUUCUGGAAACAGUUACCAUCAACCUAAUUUUACCGGUUGCACAAUGCGAUUUACAAAUGACCAAUCAACACAAGGGCUUACUGAGUGCAAUUGGAUUCAUUGGUAUUAUUGUGUCGUCACAUCUUUGGGGAUUUCUUGCCGAUACUCGUGGAAGAAAGAAAAUUAUCGUUACGUCUCUAUUUAUCGCCUUCUUUACAACCAUCAUGUCAACAUUCACCCAAUCGUAUUGGUUGUUGGUUGUGCUGAGAUUUCUGAAUGGUUUUUUUGUUUCAGGGCCUUCCGCAACAACAUAUGCGUACCUGGGAGAAUUUCACUGUCUCAGAGAUAGAUCGAAAGUUUUGAUGUUAGGUUCAUUUACAUAUGGAUUCUUCUGCUUUUACAAUCCCAUUUUUGCGUCAAUUAUAAUAAAUCAGGACUGGACCUUUUAUAUUGCACCAAUCGACUUAGUUUUCAAGCCGUGGAGGCUAUUCAUGAUCGUCUGUGCCAUUCCAACUCUCUUAGGUGGAUGCGUUAUGCUAUUUAUGCCCGAAUCACCAAAAUUUACAUUUUCCCAGGGCAAUGAACAAGAAACACUACAAAUUUUGCAGAACGUCUACUCCUGCAACACAGGAAAGCCUGCCGAAUCUUUUGAUGUAACAUCGCUGGCUAAGGACGAAGAGUUUGAAGAUCAAAAAAUGAAGCGAAAAAACUUGUUUCAAUUUAUGUGGAUACAGACGGUUCCACUGUUUCAGCAUCCCCACCUGAAAAAUACACUGACCGUAUGUUUCAUGCAAUUCUGCAUCUUCAAUUCAUGCAAUGGAUUUUGGACGUUUUUCCCAGAAAUUACAAACAGAAUCGCUAUUUGGCAGAAUGAUCCGUCACACGUCUCUUCUACAGUAUGCCAAAUAUUGAACGACACGAGAAUUAUUCCAAACGAAAAUGAAGAGCUGUGCGUAACAAAACUUGACAACUCUGCCUAUCAAAAUAUUUUCGUGUUAGCUUCGAUCUACUGUUUCGGUUGGUUGUUCUUGUCGAUGAUUAUUAAUCGUAUUGGAAAGCUCAUCAUUAUAACAACACUGCUAUUCUCGUGCGGAAUUAUUGGAUUUUCGUUAAUCUUUGUUGAUCAGCCUGUGGUUUCGACCUACUUAUAUAUCGUACUGUUGUCCGUUGGUUUAGCGCUCACAGUAUUGAACGCAUCGACGGUGGAACUGUUUCCAACGAAAUUAAGAGCCAUGGCAUUGUGCUUGUCUCUAAUGUCUGGUAGAAUCGGCAGUGUGUUUGCAUCGAACGUAAUCGGAACGCUGCUGGAUAACUAUUGUGCCUACACAUUUGUGAUGCCCACAAUUCUUUUGAUAUCGAGCGGCUGUCUUGCAUUUACAAUUCCGAAUAUUUCGAAAAGAAUCGUAAAAUAAACGUAUUA